AUGACUGACCUGUCAGGCGCACCUCGACAUGAAAUAUGGCUUGUAGUAGACAAUAAUGAUGACAGGGAUGGUGAAUACUACCAGGGAGAUCCUGAUUUCUGGAGAGGAAAACUGGAGGUCGACGGUGUUCCCGCCUUGGUGAGGCCGUCGUCAUUUCAUGUUGGGGAAAUUGCUUUGGGUUUGAAGCUUUUGCAACAAGGCAAAUCAUCAAUUACCGAACUGCCUGAGUUCACUUCCAUCAAAACCGCGGGCAUUUGUCGAUGGACUGCCCCGGAAAUUAUGAAUCCGCCAAACAAUGACGACAUCACUUUAAACUACAGCCAUAGAGAUGACUGUUCCGAAAGCUCGUAUGCGGGACAAAGCCAAAAGAGAUUGCUUGAUCGGGGCGAUUUCGGAACUGAAAUCGGAGAUAGCCAAGAUAACCCUAGAAUCUUGUGCAUACACCCACUCUCAUUCCAGGAAAAAGUUGCUGAAGACGCUCUCAAAUACCCACCGCUUUUGAAUGCCACAGUCCUUCUGAGUAAAACAUCAUUGUAUAUUCCAGGAGUCAUGAAUCAGUUGCUUACAAGUGUCCGAUACUCCUUCUUCUGA